CAGAGGUCUCCGCCGACCCCACAAGUGGGCGGCCACACGGUGUGUAAAUGGCGCUGGUGCGGUAGCUCGCUGUAAACUACCAUCAUUUUACUUGCUUGCAUGCUUUUUUAUUAUUGUAUCCUCGGGAAAAAUAUCGCAAAACACCAACAAUGCCAGCUGUGCGAGGGGAUGGGAUGCGAGGCCUAGCGGUCUUCAUCUCUGACAUCAGAAACUGUAAAAGCAAAGAAGCAGAAAUAAAGCGCAUAAACAAGGAGCUAGCUAAUAUACGUUCCAAGUUCAAGGGAGACAAGACACUGGAUGGCUAUCAGAAGAAGAAAUAUGUAUGUAAGCUGCUUUUCAUUUUCCUCCUUGGUCAUGACAUCGACUUUGGGCACAUGGAAGCUGUCAAUCUUCUAUCUUCCAACAAAUACACAGAAAAGCAGAUUGGUUAUCUGUUCAUCUCAGUUCUUGUGAAUACAAAUAGUGAUCUUAUAAAGCUGAUUGUGCAAAGCAUUAAGAAUGACUUGAGUUCACGAAACCCAGUCCAUGUCAACCUGGCUCUCCAGUGUAUUGCAAACAUCGGUUCCAAGGAGAUGGCAGAUGCAUUUGGCAAUGACAUUCCAAAGCUUCUUGUCUCAGGUGAAACAAUGGAUGUUGUGAAGCAGUCAGCUGCUCUCUGUCUCCUGCGUUUGUUCCGCACAACACAAGAAAUCAUCCCUGGAGGAGAAUGGACAUCUCGUAUCAUUCAUCUGCUCAAUGACCAGCAUAUGGGUGUUGUCACCGCAGCCUGUUCCCUCAUUGAAGCUCUGGUCAAGAAAAACCCUGAUGAAUAUAAGGGCUGCGUAUCUUUAGCAGUAUCAAGGUUAUCCAGAAUUGUAACUGCAAGUUACACAGACCUUCAAGACUACACAUACUACUUUGUGCCUGCACCAUGGCUGUCAGUGAAACUACUGCGGCUGCUUCAGCAUUACCCACCCCCAGAAGAUCCAGGUGUUAGGGGGAGGCUCAAUGAGUGUUUGGACACUAUUCUCAAUAAAGCCCAAGAGCCUCCAAAGUCUAAAAAAGUCCAACACUCCAAUGCAAAGAAUGCUGUGCUCUUUGAAGCCAUUAGUAUUAUCAUUCAUUCAGACAGUGAACCCAAUUUGCUAGUGCGUGCGUGUAACCAACUAGGCCAAUUCCUCUCUCACCGUGAAACCAACUUAAGGUAUUUGGCACUAGAAACCAUGUGCCUUCUUGCCACAUCAGAAUUCUCACAUGAGGCUGUCAAGAAGCAUCAAGAGACAGUUAUUAAUGCUCUCAAGACUGAGCGAGAUGUAAGUGUACGACAAAGAGCUGUUGAUCUUCUGUACGCAAUGUGUGACAGAAGUAAUGCUGAAGAGAUUGUGCAGGAGAUGCUGAAUUAUUUGGAGACUGCUGAUUAUUCUAUUCGUGAGGAGAUGGUGCUGAAGGUGGCCAUUCUAGCAGAAAAGUAUGCCCAAGACUAUACAUGGUAUGUGGAUGUUAUUUUGAACCUCAUACGUAUUGCUGGAGACUAUGUGUCUGAAGAGGUGUGGUAUCGUGUAAUACAGAUAGUGGUGAACAGGGAAGAUGUGCAGGGAUAUGCAGCAAAGACUGUUUUUGAGGCACUACAGGCACCAGCAUGCCAUGAAAAUAUGGUCAAAGUUGGUGGUUACAUCUUGGGUGAGUUUGGCAACUUGAUUGCUGGGGAUACAAGAUCUGCUCCUGCAGUGCAGUUCCAACUCCUUCACUCUAAGUAUCACCUGUGUUCUGCUGCAACACGUGCAUUGCUGCUCACAACGUACAUCAAAUUCAUCAACCUGUUCCCAGAGAUUAAGUCACAAAUUCAAGAUGUCCUCAAGUCCAACUCUAAUUUACGUUCAUCUGAUGCAGAACUUCAGCAGCGAGCUUCAGAGUACCUCCACUUAUCCAUUACCACCACUACUGAUGUUCUGGCCACAGUAUUAGAAGAAAUGCCACCCUUCACUGAAAAGGAGUCUUCUAUCUUGGCUGUGCUAAAGAAGAAGAGUGGACGGAUGUCUGCUCAGGAAGCUCAAAGGGAGGCUCGUGUUCAGGCCCGUGAAGGCAAUCCAGCGCCAUUGACGGAAAAAACCCAGGCUGCUCAGUUAAACAACUCAACUUCAGCUGAUUUAUUAGGGCUGUCCACACCACCUGCUACUCAGAAUAGCACACAGAGUAACACAGGUGUAUUGGUGGAUGUACUUGGGGAUCUGUAUAGUGGAAGUGCUAGCAACACUCAAAAUGGAACCUCCACUCCCACAUCAAUGUCUAUGUCAGGUGCUACCGACAACAUCAAGAAAUUUGUGUGUAAAAACAAUGGAGUUUUAUAUGAAAAUGACAUCAUCCAAAUUGGGAUCAAAUCAGAAUUUCGACAGAAUCUUGGCAGGAUAGGAGUCUUUUAUGGCAAUAAAACUUCUAUGCCUCUGCAGGCUUUCAACCCGACUGUCUCUGUGCGUCCAGGACAGCAAGGGAAAGUCACAGUACAAGUCAAACCAGUUGAUCCCUCCAUUGAUGCCGGGGCUCAAGUCCAGCAGCUUGUUAACUGUGAAUGCAUAGAGGACUUCACUGAUUUGCCUGAUUUGAUUGUGAGCUUCACAUAUGGGAAUGUACCCCAGCGUCUGGCUCUCCGUCUUCCCCUCUCCUGCAACAAGUUUUUUGAGCCUACAGAUAUGAAUGGUGAAUCCUUUUUUGCUCGGUGGAAAAAUCUUAGUGCGCCUUCUCAAGAGGCUCAAAAGAUCUUCAAGACCACAUGUGCAAUGGAGAAUGCUUCCAUCAAGACAAAACUCUUGGGCUUUGGCAUGCAGCUCCUGGAAGGGAUUGAUCCUAACCCAGAUAACUUUGUGUGUGCUGCCAUCAUCCACACGCGCACUCAACAGAUUGGCUGCUUACUGCGUCUGGAACCUAAUCGUCAGGCACAGAUGUACCGUCUCACCAUCAGGGCCAGUAAGGAGUCAACUGCCCACAUCUUGGCAGAAUUGUUAGCUGAACAAUUUUGAAUUAUGCAAAAUUUCUCUUAAUGCUUAGUAUCCUAUUUCUUUGAACCAUAACAAACAAAUUUGACAAGUAGGUUUCAUUACAUCCACUUUUCUGGUGAGCAAUGUGCAAGGAUAAUUAGCCAUAUUUUGUGCUUAGUACACUUGUAAGUGUUCCAGUAUGGCCAUCAUAUGGUUGUAGUGACCAGUAUAAUAACAAAUCCACUGGAAGAAACCUAAGAUGUGAGUAUAAGUGUUUCUCAUAUUUCUUGCAUUGUUAUUUUAUUGGUAUUGUUAUUCAUUAUCAGUAUUGUGAUUUCUUUUUGCAUUCUAAUCACAUACAUAAUUUUUUAAUUUGAUGAAAAUUGAUGAAAACAUUAAAUCAUACAUUUGAUCAAUGAAUGCAUGCUCACAUCAAACUUAUCUUGUCAGUUUGAGAACAUGGCAUCUUUUUAUUUUUUAAUUUUUAUUUAUUUAUUUUUUUUAAGUUUGAAAGAUUUACCUGUAAAUAGAUUAAAUAAACUUGUUUAAGUUAAA